AUGGCUUCACGAAGUCUAUCACUCUCGAUAUGCCAGUCAUGUCUGCGAGCCGGGCUACGAACACGCCCUGCGUCGCUGCAACAGCUUCGACUUAUCCGACGUUCCCCUCUAGAAGAGCAGCAACGGGCUCAACGGAGCCUCCAGUCUCCAUACCGCACCUCUUUCUCGACCUCCGCCUCACCCAGAAGAGCAUUGGAUUCUCCUCCUGCCACCGGUGGCAGCAAACCGAUCGUGCUCGAACAGCCAGACAAGUUCCGGCCGCCGUCACACCCCCAACGGCUGAACACCCGUCGCCGGUUCCAGCCUGGGGCGUAUAACCAGGGCACCACACGCUCGGAGCGUGAGCAGCAGAAGACAAGGUCCUAUCCGCAUACGUUCCCCAACCAGGGUACCUUCAUGCACUGGUUCCUGACGAAUCGCAUGAUUCAUUUGUGGAUUACCAUGGGCACACUCUUCCUCCUCGCGUCCAUCUCGUUGACGCAGACCUUCUUCAAAACCUCGCCCUACGCACACCUGAUCCCUCCGAUCUCGACGCUCCCGUUCCAUCCGAUCUCCUACAUCCGGGAAUCCCUCUCCGUCAUCCGGCUACACAUCGACUACACGACUGAGCAGGCUGAGGCGUCGCGGCAGCGCAAGGUGCUGGACGCGCAGAAGCGGCGGCUGUACCGGCGGGCGCACGGCAUGGAGGACUUGAACGCCGAGGAGGAGGAGGGCAUCGAUGUCAGGGGCAUUGCGCCGUGGGAUGAUGGCUUGACCAAUAAAGAGCGGGAGAGGGGCGGGAGGGAGGAGGUCAUGACUGGGAGAGAUGUCAUCGCUAUGGGGGGCAAGGUUGGCGAUGAUGUUGCUCAGUUUGCGAGGGAGGCGAAGGAGAAGAAGGAGAAGGGGAUGGAGGUUGCUGCGGUGGCGCCGAAUGGAGCCGAUGGUGCUAAGACUUCUGGUGCUGAGACCGAUGUACCUCCACAGCAGCCGCAGAGAAAGCGCAAGCUCUACUUUGGAAUAUGGUAG